AUGGACCACCUGGCCACCGGCACCAUGACCGGCCUGGCUAUCCAGUACACCAUGGAGACGGCCUUCACCGAGCCAGAGGGCGCCCGGCGCGCCGACAUGCACAUCCCCCGCAUCGCCAUGAUCGUAACGGACGGGCGCCCCCAGGACACGGUUACACCCUUAACUCCGAUGGCAAGACCUGCCGCGCGGAAGACCCGUGUGAUGUGGUGGACCAUGGCUGUGCCCAUAUCUGCGCCAACGUGCCAGGGGUACUCGGCUACGAGUGUCGCUGCCGGCUUGGGUAUGAACUCAACGAGGACGAGAGGACGUGCCGAAGAAUAGAUUACUGUGACCUGGGGAACCAUGGCUGUCAGCAUGACUGUGUCAGCUCUCCUGAGUCCUACAUCUGUAGAUGCAUGAGGGGCUAUGUUCUCAACCUCGAUGGCAAGACCUGUAGCAGUAAGUUCAUCACUACUCUGGUUAUAUGAACUGUGUUACUGUGCUAUUAACAACACUGUACUCAACCUCCCCCUCCUGAGAUGGAAGUGCCAGUACACCUCUAAAAAUGGUUUAAAAUAUAUUUAAUCUAACAAAUAAAGCAAUCAGAAACUGUUAAUUAAAAAUAUCAGUCCCUGGAGGACUCAGCAAUAGGGUGCUGUGCUCACUGUGUGGGCAGUGUUGAGGAAAACAUUUGUAAUGUAUUUAUUUGUUGAAUGUAGUGAAUAUGUGAGUCACUGUUAUAUUUCUAUAUAACAGUGUAGAAGUGUUAAUUCCCUGAAAGAAUAUUAGUAUGCAUUGUCCCUUUCUCUCUCCUGCCUUGUUUCUAUCUCUGUAUCCGAUGUGACUAACACCUCUCAGAGAUUGACCACUGUGCUCUUGGCGACCACAUGAGUGUGUGAACACUGAAGAUUCAUUUUUCUGUAUCUCAGUCUCACCUAAUACGCAGAAAUAUCAUUUGUUUUCAACAUUUUACUUAGAUUUCAACAUACUAGCAGGUCUUGCUUAUUGACCUCAACAACUGGGUCUGAUCACUUUUACUUACUGCAGAGCUUGAUCCAUGUUCCCUUGGUAACCAUGGGUGUGAGCAUGACUGUGUGAACACUGAAGAUUCAUUUGUGUGUAGAUGUCGAGAAGGCUACAAACUCAGACCUGAUAACAGAACCUGCAAGAGUAAGUCCAUGGCAUYCUUCCAUGUCUUACUAUCAGCUGUGCGGUAACAGAUCUUUUGGACAUUGCACAGUAAUAAGAGGAUCUUCUCUAUGCAUCAUGCUGUUUUGGCCCAACGGAUUCACAUCCCUUUGAAUUGAUAUGUUAGAAUGGAUGUUUCGUAUUAAUGCUUAUGUGACUGAGGGAAGUUGGACUGCUUUCAAAUAUACACCUAACUGCCUCUUUUAUAAUGGGUCUGACUGUGACUGAGUGUUUUUCCAUCCUGGUAUUUAUAUGUUACAUAAUUUGUGAGUUGUGAUUAUGAGGUCAUGGUUAGUCCUGAUGCUCCCUCUAGUCCAGGGUGUUCUUUUCCUGGAUUAAGAGGAAUAUUCUAUACUGUUUGACAGUGACAGGCACAUGUCAUGAAGGAAGUAAGAGUAGUCCUCGAUAGGUAGAUAGAUGGAUAUUCAUGCACAUUAUUACCCAAUGUUGCAUUAAAAUGACUAUGUAUUUGGUACCAUGAAGCCUGGAGUAGAGUAGAGAACACACAUUUCCAUUAUUAAUGAGAAUGAUCCUUAUUACUAUUUCAAUAUGACCUGCACCAGGUCACUGGGGACGGGGGGACCAGGUCACUGGGGACGGGGGGACUUGUCCCCCCCAC